AUGGUUCAAAGAGCCGUCAAACUGAUGGAUAGAAGUAGGACCGGGCCAUCCUGUCGCGGGUGGAUAGCUGAAUCUAUUCGACAGAUAAACUUCCAGGUUUCAUACACCUCACUAUUAUGUGACUAG